GUCGGAACACCCUUCAACUUUUCUGAAACACUCCACAAAGUGUCCGACGUCCUGCCAUGUUGGGACUGUAACGCAUUUCGGAUUGCUGGUCGAUUUUCCUCGCGCUCCUGAGUCAUGGCUCCGUUUGGAAAAAACUUCCUGAAAGCUCGACAGAAAAACAGAACAAAAGAUGCAGAGCCAGUGGAAGGAAAGGAGAUUCAGGUUACGGUCUGCAACGAGGACAAGGUUGUCUGUGGAGUAACAAAGCACACAACAUGUGCAGAUAUGAUUCAGGCAUUACUGGAUGAUCACAAAUCAAUCCCAGAGAGCAAGCGGCUCCUGCUCGGAGAACCCAAAGACUUCUGUCUGGUUGAGCGGUGGAAGGGUUUUGAGAGGGCCUUGCCUCCUCUCACCAGAAUCCUGAGACUCUGGUAUGCCUGGGGUGACCAGAGACCCUUUAUCCACUUUACUCUAGUCAAAACCAGCGAUUUUGUGCCUCAGCCCACCAAGAAGGGUGGAAAGUCCAAGGGGGCCAAGGCAAAGCGAUGGGAGCACGGUCAUACUCAGUCACUGCCCGUGGAGAGACAAAAGCGCAUGGUGAAGAAAGCUUUCCGGAAGCUGGAAAAGCUUCACAAUGAGACCAAGAGCUCCCCGGGUGCUGACGAGGUCGACCGGAUGGUGCAGCUUAUUCUCAACCAGGACCACGCCAUCCGGGAGCAGAUUCAGCGCAUGAGGGAGCUGGAUGUGGACAUCGAGCAGUUGGAGCUGGAAGUGCAGAAGGAAGCUGAGGCCGAGAGUUCCCUGGCUCAGGCUGCUGGUCAGAGUUUGGAGGCGCACAGCGACAAGCAGCUGCAGGAGUACCUGUACAACAGCGACGGAGUCAAACAGCUUGAGCUGCAGGUUCAGAGGCACCAGGCGCUUAUCCUCCAGCUGUCCCGGGACAUUGACGCCGAGCUGAGGACGGCCAACUUCCCACGGAGCCAAUAUGAGGACAUUGAACAGGAAGGAGCCGCGGCCGCUUCCUGGAUCCCCUUGGAGACAGACGAAUCGUUCUACGCCGCUGAACUCGAGAGGUUGCAGGAUGAAGUGAAACACAGCCUCUUCACAGGCGUGUCCCUGCACAACCAAGCUGCAGAAAUAGACAAGCAGCUGAAGUACUGUGACGCUACGUUGGUCUCCAAGGAUCAGGAGUGCUGGCAGCUGGCUGCCCAACUGAGCUCACUGCAAAUUGGGGAUGGCGAAGAAGAGGAGGAGUCCAGUCCUGUCCCUCUCAAAAGUGAGACUCAGGGCAGCAUCUCACAGACAGUGAAACUCAAGCACAGCCUGUCCCCUCUAGACGUUACGGACACAGACUCAGACACUGGGAUUAGCUCCACACACAGUCAGGACUCGCUGUCGCCAUGUCUCGACUUCCCUCCACCCCUGGACACAGACGUUUGAACAACCCAGUUGACCCUGCAAUUUAUUGUUCUGUAUGCACUAGCCCCCAGUGUGUGCCUGUCGUGUGUUUUCAUUACAUUUCAGUCACAGAGCUAAGCGUCUGUUUUUCUGAAAGAUAAAUCCCUGGUGGUCUUUUAUGAAACAUGAAGAUAAUUUAUUUAGAGCUAAAACACUUAGUUGAUUGACGGAAGAUAAUCAGCAAUUAUUGUGAUAAUAAAUAAGCAAAAAUGCCAAAUAUUCUUUGGCUUCAGUUUCUGAAAUGAAAGGUUGUACUGUUUUGACUCUGUCGUGUAUGUUAGUAUAGUAUAGGAUAGUGAAUGUCAUUGGGUUUUAGACUGUUGGUCAACAAAAAAAUGCAACGUGAGGAUGUCAAUUUGGACUACUUAGUCCAAUCCAUUAGCUGAAAAAAUAAUAAAUGAAUGAAACCUUUAUUUCAUUCAUUUGCUUUGCACAAAGAGCAUACAAUGAUAUAAAAAAACAUCAUCAACCAUACACGAGAGCACAUAAUAUAACAGGAAACAAAUGCAUCAUCAAUCAAUAGAUUGAGUAAUUGUUUUUGCCGUUUUGAUGGUAUUUUCUCAAUCAAAUAUAGAGAUGGAAGCUGUAGGUGAAAUACAUCCAUGUAUUCAUCUACAAAGUUAUUGCCGUUGUGUUUUGUAUGUUUCGUCUUGUGCUGUUAAAAAAGGAGCAAGAUGACACAUCACUUUUGGAUUGUAAAAUGAGUCUUUUUUUUAAAUCCAGAGGGACCAAAGAAUCUUUGAGGAUUCUGGAAAUACCUUCAAAAAACAGCUGCAAUUGUUGAAUAACCUCCUGGGUUUCUUGCUAAUGCAAACGGAUGCUUUGGUCUUUGACCUAAAUGUAAUGAUAAUACCUGCACAAAACUGGAGCUAUAUGUGCGCCAGCUUCGGUCCAUCACUGUUUAUGGCGGCUGGGUUUCCCGACUUUUGAGUGUACACUUUUACGACUAUUUUACCAUCUAAGGUGUACAAGGCUUAGUUACUUAAAAGCAUUUUUUUUAUUGUUUCAUUUCUUAACAAUGGUGAAUGUAUGCUUCUUUUCUUUCUUAAGGUUCUCAAGCUAUUUAUGAAGCUGCACUUCUUUGUACACACUUAAGUCUAUUAACAAUGUUUUAUAUUAAAACUGUUUUGGAUGUAGAAUUUAAGAUUUGUUAAAAAUGUAAACAUUCCUCGACUACACUGUAAACAUAUUGCUGUAACCACUGUAAAUGAUUAUUCUUAUGACACAGGCACAAUGUGUAAAGACUAUUUGAUGAAAUAACCGAGGCAAACAUAUUUAUUUAUCAUGUAAUUAUAUUUUACACAUGAGAUUGUAUUAUGACUGUUUCCCCUCUGAGGCAAUGAUCUCCAUCUGCCACUGAUCUGAUUAAACACAUUAUAUUCAGGGCCAAAACAGCGCAAACAUCUGAAUUAUAUCUGUGUAAUCAUGAGCCUGAAAACAACAACAACAACAACAACAACAACUAUGAUAAAGUAAAAUGUACAUUUCAACUUUCAUAAUAAACACUAAUACUGUAAAUGUCAAGUAA